GCAGCUGUUCCGCAAUGGCCGCCUCAGCUGCAGGAAUAAACAAGCAGGGCUCCCUGACCAGCAUAGAACCGUGCGUUCGACACGGCCGGGCGGCCAAUGGAGGCACCGUCAAGGUGCUGGAGUGCGGCGUGUGUGAGGACGUCUUCUCGCUCCAAGGCGACAAGGUGCCCCGCCUGCUGCUGUGCGGGCACACCGUUUGCCACGACUGCCUCACCCGGCUGCCCCUGCACGGCCGGGCGGUCCGCUGCCCCUUUGACCGGCAGGUGACGGAACUGGGUGACUCUGGCGUGUGGGGCCUGAAGAAGAACUUUGCUCUUCUGGAGCUUCUGGAGCGAUUGCAGAACGGUGCCACCAACCAGUCGGGAAUGGCGGAGGACGCUCUGAAGGGAAUGAGCGAGCAGUGCGUGAUCCGCUGCGACGAGGACGAGAGCCACACGGCCACCAUGUACUGCACGGUGUGCGCCACCCACCUGUGCGCCGAGUGCUCGCAGCUCACCCACUCCACCCGCACGCUGGCUAAGCACCGGCGCGUGCCGCUGGCCGACAAGCCGCACGAGAAGACGCUGUGCCCGCAGCAUCAGGUGCACGCCAUCGAGUUCGUGUGCCUGGAGGAGGCCUGCCAGCCGGGUCCGCUCAUGUGCUGCGUGUGCAAGGAGUACGGCAAACACCAAGGACACAAGCACGUCCUCCUGGAGACGGAGGCGAACCAGAUCCGGGCGUCCAUCCUGGACAUGGCGCACUGCAUCCGCACCUUCACGGAGGAAGUGUCAGAGUACUCCAGGAAGCUGUUAGGCAUCGUGCAGCAGAUCGAGGGCGGCGAGCAGAUCGUGGAGGACGGCAUCGGCAUGGCGCACACGGAACACGUGCCCGGCACGGCGGAGAGCGCCCGCUCCUGCGUGCGCGCCUACUUCGCCGACCUCCACGAGACGCUGUGUCGUCAGGAGGAGAUGGCGCUGAGCGUGGUGGACGCCCACGUCCGCGAGAGGUUGAUCUGGCUCAGGCAGCAACAGGAGGACAUGACCAUCCUGCUGUCCCAGGUGUCCACCGCCUGCCUGCACUGCGAGAAGACUCUUCAGCAGGACGACUGCAGAGUUGUGCUGGCCAAGCAGGAGAUCAACUGUCUGCUGGAAACCCUUCAGAAGCAGCAGCAUCAGUUCACAGAGUUGGCCGACCACAUCCAGCUGGACGCCGGCAUCCCGGUCACCUUCACCAAGGACAACCGCGUCCACAUCGGUCCCAAGAUGGAGAUCCGAGUGGUGACUCUGGGGCUGGACGGUGCUGGCAAAACCACCAUCCUCUUCAAGCUCAAGCAGGACGAGUUCAUGCAACCCAUUCCCACCAUCGGUUUCAAUGUGGAGACGGUGGAAUAUAAGAAUUUGAAAUUCACCAUCUGGGACGUUGGAGGAAAACAUAAGCUGAGGCCAUUGUGGAAACACUAUUAUCUCAACACUCAAGCGGUGGUGUUUGUGAUUGACAGCUGUCAUCGGGACCGACUGAUGGAGGCGCACAGCGAGCUGGCCAAGCUGCUGACCGAGAAGGAGCUGAGAGAUGCCCUGCUUCUCAUCUUUGCCAACAAGCAGGACGUUCCCGGCGUCGUUUCCGUAGAGGAGAUGACAGAACUGCUGAGCUUGCACAAGCUGUGCUGCGGCAGGAGCUGGCACAUCCAGGGCUGUGACGCCCGUAGCGGGAUGGGCCUCCACGAGGGUCUGGAUUGGCUAUCCAGGCAAUUGGUGGCCGCCGGCGUCCUGGACGUGGCCUAGCGUGGACGUCGCUGAUCUGUGAACAAUUACUUGAAGGUACACGUCGGAGGAGCCUUGAGUGUGCUUCUCCGAGUGGUAUUGAAAGAGACCACAACCCGUCGGGCUGAACUUUAUGCUUCAAACCAACGCCAAUCCAGUAAACAAAGCAGGAUAUUAAGCAUAGCAGAUAAAAGCAUUUUUUUUUUUGCCAUUCUUCUAUUUUGGGGCCAGAAACACAAUUGGCAAUUUGGGCCUACUGGUGCAAAAUGAAAUAAAAGCAAAUUGUAGGUUAUUAAAUAGCAGCUGAUGUUUCUUGGGGAAUUUUCUUUAGGUCUGUGCUUUCUGUUACAGAACAAAAUUGUUUACUGAUAUUUAUAGUUUUUUUUUUUUUGCACGUUUAAAUUGGGCACUUGCUGUUCGCCGGCUCACCGUAGUUAGGCGGACAAACGUUCUACUGUCGACUUCCAGUAUUAACGUCACGACUCUGGACGGUCUUGCGGAAAGCGUCGGAUGAUCUUAAUAAGCCGCUGCCUCUUCGUGAUGUAAUGUGAACCCGUGACCCCUCCCUCUUCUGCCACUGACACUUUUUGUCGCCUCAUUAAGGACACACAACCUUUGAGUUUAUUCAUUGCUAUGUAAUGUUUACUACUAAAUAACAAAUAGCUAAAUGUCAGUGUGAAACGCCUUUUUCCGCAUAGUUUGCAAAAACGUAGAAGCACAACGCGCCUCAACACCUCUUGUUACCGUCUAACUCGAUGACAGCUUUUUCUUUGUAAAUUAUUCCUAUUGUGAUGUUGUCAAAUAAACUGACUGACCAUA